AUGCUCCUUGUAGGCCUGACUGGCGGUAUAGCCACAGGUAAGAGUACAGUGUCUUCCAUGUUUAAAGAAUUGGGGGUUCCUGUAGUGGAUGCUGAUCAAAUAGCAAAAGAUGUUGUUGAACCAGGCAUGCCGGCCUACAAGAAGAUCGUGGCCCAUUUUGGCCGUGAGAUAUUGCAGGAGGAUGGCCAGCUGAACAGAGAGAGACUGGGCGAGAUUAUCUUUAGUGAUGAACAGGAAAGGAAAGUGCUGAAUUCUCUCACCCACCCUGCCAUACACAGGGAGAUGGUCUGGCAAGUCAUCAAACUCUUCUGCCAAGGUCAUAAGUACACCAUACUGGAUGUUCCCCUGCUGUUUGAGACUGGGAGGAAGCUACAGACAUACCUCUACACCACAGUGGUUGUGUCAUGCGAUGAGGAGACACAACUUGACAGACUCAUGGCAAGAAACAACUACAACAAAGACAAGGCAGUAAAACGGGUCCAAGCACAAAUGCCUCUGAAAAAGAAAAUAGAGCUGGCCAAUCACAUUAUUGAGAACUCUGGAGAGUUAGAGUUUACUAAGGAGCAAGUCUUGCUGUUGCAUCAGCGGCUGUGUUCAUCCUACAGAAGAUUGGUUUUCAUGCUCAUACUGGGUAUACUUGUUUUACUGUAUGCAGUAUUUUUCAUCAGAAACAUUUUGACUCGUUGACAAUUCUAAAUGUCACUGUAGGUGCGUGUAUCAUGAUCUACUAGUAGGAUGUUGCAUGCUAUUUUAUAAUAGAUUACUUUAUAAUAAAUUACAAUGGGCCACAUAUAUUGUAAUAUUCAAUACAUGCAGACAUAGAGCUACAGUAUCAUACCAAACCAGUUAAAGGCUGAUGUGAUUUUUAUUUGGUUGGCUGCUGACAAGUGUAUACAAUUGGUUGAUCUUUGACCUUGACUAUAUUGACAAUGAGAAAAGUCAUUACAUGCGUCUGCCUAGGCAGCUUUGGACUGCGGCAGUGUCUGUAUCUGUAUAUUAGCCAGCAUAAUUGCCCUUUGGCAUAACACACCAACUUUGCAGACAUGGGGCAAAGCAACAGCUGGUUAUAUUACACUGUCAAACCUGACAUUUGCACAUUUAUAAAUGUUAAGCUAACUGCAGGAUUUAGUGUUUUUAAAGAUAUCGGGCGAAAAUGCCCUUACUUUGAUAAUAAAUUCCACUCUUUCUUGUUCUGGAAAAAUACGCAUCAAACCUAGGUUAGUAACUCUGGUACUUGAAGGCUUGGCUAUUUUGUCUUGUCUUACCAGGUAUACUGUUAUAUAUUAUAUAUGUAUAUACCAGUUUAUUUAGUAACUUAACUUUGUCUUCAAGUGACAUCCACUGUAGAUCAGUUUUCCUUUUGGAAACAGUAGUGUCAUAUCAUUAAGUGAUUCUGUAUGAUUGUACCUCACCUCACCGGUCCCAUAUGAUUGUACAGAUACAGAUAAUAUUCAGGCUGUGGGAGUUGUUGGCAGGAUGAAGAAGGUCGAUUCUGUGUUCCUUCUGCUGCUUGUCAAUGUACUUCAGUUGGAAUUCCUGUGGUUAUAUUUAGUUCCUAUGUUUUGUACAGUAUUUUAUGCCUUAGGCCACAGCAAGUAAAUUUUAUGGAUGACAUCCUCUGCAGACUGCAAAAAUAGUGCGAUAGGGCGGGAAAAAAAACAAGAUGGGUAAAAAAAACAAGAUGGCUACAUUUUCAAAAAUAGGCACCAUAAAGUUGUGAUGACUGUUAUUAAAGGGAAAAAACAUGGCAUCGGAGCCAACAAGGCAUUCAUUCCUGUAUUUAAGACAUGUACUGAAGUGGUAUAAGUGACACUAGUGUGGUAGACUGGCAUCACCAACAAAGUUGGUAACCACACUUGGCUUCCAUAUUGAUGUCACUUUUACAACUAUCCAAUAAGUUUCAUUUCUACAACUACAGUCCUGGGUACCUCACAAGUGUCACUUCUACAAGUACAAUUAUUAGGCUACAACACAAUAUAUUCGCUCAUUUUGGUACUUUGUCGCCAUGUUAACCAUCCCUACAGAAGAAGAAAAAAAUUUUUUUUUCUGAAAGCAGACAAAAAUUAAUGCGCGCGCUGAUGCCAUCCAUAAAAUUUACUUGUUGUGGCCCUAGUCUGUAUUGCCGUGUCUGAAUGCAUCUUGACAUGUUUCUUAGCAAUGCCAUAUGGACAAACUUGAUGUAGAUGCGACUGUGAUUUCUUGAUGUAGAAAUUCCACCAGAACAUCACAACAAACGUAACCAUUGCGUGCAAGAUUCAGAUAAUCUUCAUUGGCUACUGAUAAACUACAAAUGUUGACAGUGAUAACUAUAGAACGUCAAAGCUCUGCGCAUACUAUGGCUCCCUCUGGGGUUUGCAAUCGGAAGAUCGCACCCUUGUCUAUCAAUCUAUGUCAAUAUGCUCGUAAUAGCUUGUUCAAUCAUAUCGUAUUACUACUCAUGUUGUCAAACUCACGUUUGUCAUCUACAGAUGAAAGGUUGAAUUUCUGGCAACAUUUUCUAUGUUCAAUCGGAAAUACAAAAUGCGCGCAGGGCCGCCAUGGCAGGACAUUGACUCACUAACAACCUAUGCUUCGGUUAUAUGACAUUCAAAUAACACGUGCCCUGUUUACAGUUGAAUACAGCAAUUCUCCCAAGCUAAUGCAAAUCACCUUUUCAUUUCAAUUUUUAUUGGAUGUUCUUAACGAACAUAGGAAGUAUUCAAAUACUGACUUUAAAUAUAUACACGUAUUGAUAUUAAGAAGUAAUGAUGUUAUUAGCUUGACAUGAGGUAAAAAUGCUGUAACCUUAUACAUCUGCCCAACAUGUUUCGGACUUGAAUUAA